AUGGAGCCGCGUGCGCCGCUGCUGCUGCUGCUGUGGGCAGUUUGGAACGGUGCUCUGGCAAAAUCCCAUUCAUUGCACACCCGAGGAAUCAUUGAAUUGGCAGGAGCCGUAUCAUGUGGCACGGGACGCUCUCCUUUAGCAUAUGUUGGCUAUGGAUGCUACUGUGGCCUGGGAGGAAGAGGCUGGCCUAAAGAUAAAACAGACUGGUGCUGCCACGGGCACGACUGCUGCUACGACAAGGCGGAGAAGGAAGGCUGCAACCCGAAGCUGCAGCGCUACCAGUGGGAGUGUGAGCAGAACGUGGUGCGGUGCGAUAACCUGACAGACCGAUGUGAAAAAAUGGUGUGUCUGUGUGACCAAGAAGCAGUCAAGUGCUGGGGAGCAGCCCCUUACAACCCACACUUAAUCCUCUGGCCAAACUUUUUAUGUGGACGGACUCAUCCCACCUGUCAUUUGGGAUACGGAGGACCAGAAUAAUUUUUCUAGGA